GAAAAACAAAAAAAAGAUGGCGAAACGCAACCGAGUUAUUACUUUUGCGCCUAUCAUGGCUUUGGAAACCCUUUUAGCUGUAUCACUGCAGUUAAACGGGUUGCUAAUGAUGUGGAAAAUCCAUCAGGCAAAGCAAAACGAUGCCAUUCGGGCCGCCUUGUUGCGGUAGCUUAAUUAUUCGUUUACCACGUUGUGUGAUGAAACUGCGCUGCUACGUCAUCGACCAUUUAACGUAUGCGCUAUUGCGAAUAAUUCAUCCCGGUAACCGGGAUGAAGUGUUCGUAUGGCAAAAUUUUCCAGCCCGCUGACCGAGAUCCCGGUUGGAAAAACCGAGAUCUCGGUAAGCGAGCCAGGCCGCCCUCUCAUAUGAACACAUCGAAAAUUUUACAAAGGAUUUAG